AAUAAUUUAUUGUGCUUUGUUGUGCUUCUUCCCUUCCACCAUUCCUUGUGCGAAUGUGACGUGGGACAGUUUAUUCGGAAUAUCUGCAAUUUAUUGUUGGGAUACUAAGUGAAAUCGAGUGUUUUAUCAUGAAUGAAGGCAAUAUCAAUGAUGACGAUAAUAUGUAUCACGAUACAUUCCAAGGAAAGGCUAAAACUUCCUCCAACCUAGCAUGGCACAGACCGAUGUCGACAAGGUUCCGUCUAGAGGAGGAGCUGAUUCAGCGCACCUCCCGAGCGCUGGAAGCGGAAACCGACCCUCUGGAGAAGCUGCGUCUGAUGUGCCUUUCGCAUGGCGCCGUCGGCAUCAUGGGGCUGGCCAGGGUGUUUCGGAAAAUGGAUGAAGGAGGCACUGGGCGGUUGACCAAGGAGAAGUUUGCAAACUGCAUCAAGGAAACUGGGCUGGAUUUUAGUUACAAGGAUGCAGUAGACGUCUUCAACAAGUUCAAAAGAGAUAGCAACGGCACUAUCAGUCUUGACGAAUUCCUGUUAAACGUUCGUCCGUCUAUGUCUGAGACCCGUAGAAGCAUCUUGGAGCAGGCGUUCAAGAAACUGGACAAAACUGGCGACGGGGUCCUCUCUGUGGCGGACCUCCGCAGAUGCUACGCCGUGACGUCACAGCAAAGUUACAUGUGCGGCGAAGAGACCGCUGAAUUCGUAAUGGACAGGUUCCUUUCCAACUUCGAACAAGAUGGGAUCGUGGACGGGAAGGUGACUCACGAGGAGUUCAUGAACUACUACAGCGGCCUCAGCGUGUCCAUAGACAACGACUGCUUCUUCGAUCUGAUGAUACGUCAGGCCUACAAGCUGUAAACUUGUUCUAGUGACCAAAAAAGAAGACCACGUGCAAAAUUUAUGGGAUCUAGAAAUUACUAAAAAAGCUAACAUUCAUUUUCAAUGUCUUUAUAUAAAAUUCCUAAUAAACAAAACUAAAAAAAUAUUAGCUUGCGGUUAAAUUCUGUCCCAUUUAAAAAAAUAUUUACUUGAUUUGAACCUUUGAAGAAAGAAACAGCCUGUUCUGCCUCAAAUAAGUCGAUAGUUAAUAAUUAUUGUCAUAAUACUCCUACGUCUUGCAUUAAUAAAACAUAAUCUACUUGUAAUAGGUAGGUACAUGCUGAAUGCAAAUUUUAGUUGGGCUAAUGUUAAUUUAUUUAAAUUAAAUUUUAUUGUUACUUAAA